ACAGUUACCCGCUAUCCAAACGCAGCGUUGACUCGCCGAGCUUGAUAACACAUGACAGUCUCCAGCUGUCUAGGCAGAGCAAGAGGACCACACUCAUAUACGCUCAAGUGAAUCUGGGACGACCACAAUCGGCAGCUGUCCAAGCUUCAAGGUGCAGGAAGGCCUGCCUUCCGGGGUGAGCUGUAGCCAUGGUGAAAAUUAAUAAGUCUGCCUUGCCACGCCAUGAGGUCACACUGUCACCAGCUGUGUCGGAGUUUGCGAAAGCCACCGCUUCGAUACCACUAUACCAAUUACCAAAACACCUAGCCUCUUUCCCACGCGGCUGGCCCUUCCCCAGAGGCGACCUCUACCACUGGAUACCAGCACUAAAUCGUUUCGAUCAAAUACUCGAAGUUUUCAAUAGUGAGUAUGGCCUCACAAGAGGCCCUCAAACCGAGUGCUUCGGACGACGUCUGCUAUUGAAAGGCGAAGGAGCAGAGUACAGUCCAUCAGCCUCGUUACCAGACAAGGACACUCUCGAUGAGAAUGGAUUUUCUGAAGAUGGCGACCAUGAACUUAUCGAAAGUGUGCUGGUCUUUACCAGAUUGCUUCUUGACAAUUGUGGAAACCGUAAUCUUUACGCAAGUAGCAUCCACCUCAAUUACCUGCUCAACACAACCUCACUUUCACUGCUGAAAGUCACGCUUCAUCUAUCUUUACGACUUGCGCAGCGCUACUAUGCGUCCAGGCAAAGAAUGCCGUCGACAUCAUCGCAUGCCAUCUUACUUUCGAGUCACUACGCCAUAAGUCUGGACAAUAUGCAUAGAUUAGCUUCGGCAUUUGCCAAGCCUACGGGCUCUAUUCCUUCUGCUAGCAAAGGCAAAGAGAAGCCGGCCAACAAAUCCGACGAUGAUACACGCCCGAAAUGGGCUACUGGUGAUCUAGUUGGCCUUACAACAGAGGAGGAGGGCGACAAACGCGCAACUGUUCGACUCACAUUUUACGACACCAACACGAGACCUUCGCAUGCAGAAGAGGUUAUUCCUGAAUUCUUGCAAACCCCUGUGACACCGACACCGGCACGACGAAGCUCGAACCUGAGUCAGCAGCAAUAUCCGCCUGCGAGCCCUGAAACAGACAUUACAACCAAGCUAGAUUCAGACCGCUCGACAGGGCCAAAGGUUCUCGAGAUUUCAGCCGCUAAGCUUCAAUCUGCAUCGAUUCAUGAUCUCGUGAAAGAGUCGGUCAAAGAUAUUCCUGAGGACUACCAGUACGAAACACUGCAUCGCAUACGCGUCGCAUCUGCUAUGUCAUCAACUAGAUCUGCGCGGGAAGAUAUUGUUGCUGUCCGCCUACUCGCCAUAGCUAAUCUUGCCUACGUAUUCUCCGAAAACAUAUUUCAUUCUAAGAUCUCACAACCUGACUAUGAUGAGCCACGUCGGUUUCAGCUACCAUAUCAAUUAGCCGAACUAGUCCAACCUCAACGCAACUCAAGGAUGCAAGUCUCGACAGCAUUGCAAUCUUGUGCUAUCAUAACAUUGGAAUCUUUGACAAAACACAAGAAUCGGUCUGGUGACGUGGUUGCCGCUCUGAGCGUCAAUGUAAACCAUGGAGUCUUGUUUUAUGUGGUGCGGAAGGUUGUGACAGAACUCGCGAAUGACGACACAUCGGAUGAAGCGCAGGAAGAAUAUCGGGAUUCGAUAUUUGACCUCCUGAAUAGCUUGCCAAUGUGUCAGCCGCGAACUGGCGAAACCUUAAUCUCAGCUGGUUUGUUGGAAGUUCUGGUCGAAAUACUAAACUUCCGCACAAGAAAGGCCGAGUGGAACUAUCCAAGGGUUCUGGGAUUUCUUGAUUCAUUCUUGUUUAGUAUCAGGGAUGCGUUCCAAUCAUUUGUCAAUGCAAAGGGCUUGGAUAGCAUUGCUGACCUUACUUCUUUCCAAGUUGACUCCGCUUAUUCCAACGUCAAAGAGGGCAAAACUAUGCCUUCCAAGUAUAAGACACAGCUUACGGACUACGAAAUUCAGUGGCAUCAGCAGCAGAAUCUCCGCUGGCUUGUAAAGUUAACAAAUCGUAUGUUGACUCAUGCAAAUGCCAAUUUCGAACGACUCCUUCGAAACCUUAUGGACUCACCGCAACUGCUUCGAGCUCUGCGCACAGUACUUGAGAACGCCAAGAUCUUUGGUUCAACAGUAUGGAGUACUGCUGUCGCCAUCCUGACGAACUUCCUCCAUAACGAGCCGACAAGUUAUGCCGUCGUUGCCGAGGCAGGAUUGUGUCACGCGUUCUUAGAAGCAGUCAUCUCAAGAUCUCUACCCCAAGCCAGCUUUUCUGAAAUGACCUCUUCCUCUGAUCCGGCGCCCAACGAAGAGGGAGCUUCAUCGACCCGUGUGCAGAUUGUAAUGCCAGAUGCCGGUCUAUUAAAUCGAAUCAACCAUCCAGCCAGCGAACCAUUGGCUCCUGGCAUCCUUCCAUCUGCAGACGCCAUGUCCCAAAUCCCUCCCGGGUUUGGAGCGAUUUGCCUGAACGAGGCAGGUAUGAAGCUGUUCAAACACUCUCGCGCAAUGGAAAGUUUCUUUGAGGUGUUUGAGAGCCCGGUGCAUGUAAAGGCCAUGGAACAAGAGCAAGAUAUGGCAGGGACCCUUGGCUCGUCGUUCGACGAAUUGGUGCGACAUCACCCCAAUUUGAAGUCGGAAAUCGUGGGUGCCAUUUCAGUAAUGAUUGGGCGUGUUGGCAAGCUCUGCUUCGCAAGGGCGUCUGAAUUAGGCGCAGGUGCUAAGCUAUGGCUUGAAGAUGAUAUCGGGCGGCUUCACGUUGCUGGAGGGCGGGAAGCACUACAAGGCGAUAGUCAGCUGCACAAUAAGGGCCAACCGCAAGCAGCUCCUACCUCAGGCUCUGUCGAUGAUGAUCUUGAUAUGCAUGAUGCAGAGCCUCUCGAUGGUCAAUCAACGACAGGAAGCGCCGCUAUCGAUCAAGUCCUUGAAUGUGAAGAUGCAAAAGAUACACCUUCCACCACUCAGUACAUAGGUGCAGUCUGCAGGUUUCUUACCGGAUUCUUUUCCAAUUCGAACUCGAUCUUCGCAUUCGCAGAAGGGGAUGGUAUCGAAUUGCUUAUAGAUUUUGCAAUUAUGCCAUCGUUGCCUUAUAAUGUCUCAGACGACGCAUGGGCAAAUUCAUUAGAGGAUCUCUGUCGUGUGCUUCAGCCCUUAAUCGAGCAGAAGCCGCACUUGGUACUACCCCAGCUCAUCAGCAGAGCUCAGCGUGCAGUCGACGUCCUGAAGCCUCUGAUAGAUCAUGCUGAAGAUACGGCAUUUUUCAGUCCCUUCACCACCAGCAAAAUAAGCAUUCCGCGGACUGAGAUUGGGCAUCUUGACAGAACUGUAGAUGGGACAAAAUACGUAAAAGCUCUUGUCUCUGUACAAACACUGUGUGCGAUAAUGAGCUAUGCGUUCCAGAAUCAGUUCUUCAGUCAGAGGUCCAACCACAACAUCUUCAGUCAAGUCAACCUUGCGGAUCUAUAUUCUAGGCUCAUUUACAGUCUCGGCAGACUGCAUCGUAGUUGCGUUUGGGAGGAAGUUCUACUCCAAAGGAACAUGCCUCGGGAAUGGGAAAGUUCCACGCGAGUGAAGGGCAGUGGCAUGAACUCGGAAGAGCUCGACAGCUUGCUUGACAUGGGACGAUUGCCACCGGCAGAUCUCGCGUCACCAGCCACUACCAACAGAGACCCUGUUGCUCGCGCUACGGGUAACGAACAGGAGUCAGCUGUGUCCAGCGUUGUCAAGGAAUCAGCAACGGCUAGAUUCAAGAACACCCGCACACUCCGCUUUCUUCUUUGUCGCGUGCCUACGGCCAUAACUCCCUUUCUGCAGUCUCUCGGUAAGUUGCUUCUAUUCCGUCGUAGCAGUAAGGAUUACCAUAAGCAAUGUGCCUAUGUCGUUGCCGAUCAGAUCGCCAAAGCUACCAUUGACCAACUAUUGUUCGCGCCUCCAAAAAACUCAAUCUCUGCGAAGGAUCGCUAUCCCUACUGGAUUACGAUUCUGACAUCAAUAUCCCGAGUCAUGUUGGAUGACUCCAUGGAACGAGGAUUUCCGCAGACGAUAACUUUGAUACUGGUUUGCUUCAAAAACCAAGGUGGCUUCGAGGCUCUCCAACAUAUCCUCGAGUCAUUCAUCAAUGAAGCAAGUACGAUAGUGACGCGACCACUUCCUGACGGUUCUAGCUUGUCAAGUGAAGAACAAGGUCUAUUGGACCUAUCCUUUGGUGGGAUUCGAAUCAUACUUAACUUCUACGCGCAAAUAAUCAAUUCGAAGAUUGUUGGCGAAGCGGUGCAGACUGCCGCUCUCGCCCAACCUGACCGAGAGAAGACUCAGGACUAUUUUUCGAUCGGACAAUUUAUUGUUGAGCUCCGGUUAACUGUCAUGCGUCCCGUAAUGCAACUUUGGAAGGCUGAACUGAUGGAAAAGUGCACAAUACCUAUCGUCAAGAGCCUCGUUGAUACAUUGAAGAUCGUAUUGGAAGCCGAGGGGGAAAGUAACGCCUUCAAACGUUCAGACAGCCCACUUCCCCGAGCCAAUCCGACCCUUCGACCUUGGAAGAUGCGUAGUGAUGACGGCAUGAAGAAAUUGACUGAUCUCCCAAAUGUUGACGAGUCCCUUGCCCGAGAGGCUCUCUAUCGGUGCAACGAUAAUGUGGCAGCGGCAAUAGAGUAUUGCAAAGCUUUCCUAAGGAGUUCUCGACCAACGAGGAACGAUAUCCCUCGAUAUGAGAACAAAAUGACACAAGCAACUCAGAGGAGUGCGGGUAUCCCAGCAGCUACUAAUUUUACUACCAUGCAAGUGCCCGAAAGCACAGCGAUAGGGCCGUCGGAGAUGGAUCAAUCUAUAAUCAUGGAAGAUGUUGCAGCGCUGGCGCCUGGCGAAGCCGAAGCCUCCCACGCACGUACGGACAAUGCUGGUGGAAGCAGCUCCUCAAGCUAUUCCGGCCCAUCCUACUUCGAGAAAUUCACUGUAGUCGAAGCUCGCUCCAAGAUGAUAACAAUCGACGAUCUUAAUGAUCAACGCAAUGAGCUUCGAUCAAUACUGAUUGAUCGUUCCCUGGAAGUACUCAAUGCCCACGAGGCCAUCACGUUCGAUCUGUCUGAUUUGAUUAGCGCGGCGGUCACGAAGGCACAAGAUCCUGUAUCUUUACGCCGUGAGAUUGGACAGACUCUUGUCCAGUCUCUAAUAUCUUUCCAAGUCGACGAUGACCUGCGGCCUAACGCAAAGCAAAUCGCGGCCUCUGCUCAUCUUCUUGGACUUACGUUGCAAGACAAGCCUUUCUACGAUGCGACUCUGGAACAAUUACAGGAUAAUUUCGAAGCACUGCUAAGCUUUGUCAAGAUUUUUCCUAGCCAAGGGAAAGAAGACUCUUCUCCUUGGAUAGGACCUGUCCUUCUGGUGUUAGAGAUGCUCCUCUCCGAUGAUGCACGGCCACCGCAGAUUCAAUGGACACCGCCAAGCGGCGAAGAGUCAUCUUUUGACAUAUCAACUGUCGCAGCACCCACAGUCAUUGUUCGGAAAGACCAGAAGAUUGCUCUGUUUAAGGCAAUCACUGAACUAUUACCGUACGUUGGGAAAGACGAAGUGUUGGCCCUUGCUAUUUCGCGCAUUCUUGUCAUUCUAACUCGCCAGCGUGAGAUUGCCACUCUUCUCAGUCAAAAGAAGAAUAUCCAGCGCCUGUUCCUAAUGGUCAGACAACUCUCUGGCAUCACAAAUGAAAAGCUUCAGAGUGCUUUUCUAGUUAUACUGCGCCACAUGGUAGAGGACGAUGAAACUAUUCGACAAAUCAUGAGAAGCGAGAUUCAAAGUCUAUUUGAGACCCGAGAAGGUCGUCAGAAAGAUACAACAGGCUACACAAGGCAUCUAUAUCACCUGGCCAUUAGGAACCCUGACAUCUUUGUUGAAGUUACAAACGAAAAGCUUAUGCUUCCACGCUGGGAGCCAAGCCAAAGGCCUCAAAGUCUUGCCCUCAAGCCUGCUCAAAAAUCAAAUACCGAACCGAGUACCAAACAUGGCGUGGAAGCCGUAUCCACAACAGUCGCUAUCGAGAACGAGAGGAGCUCAAUUACCGAAGGCAAAAAGCCAGAGAAGCAAGAGAGGACGAAAACGCAAGAGCUUCGCUGCCCUGUGGUGGAGACUCCUGAUGGGGUGAUACACUACCUACUGUGCGAAUUACUUGCAUACAAAGACGUAGAAGACAAGCCAACUGCAACUACCUCUAAUAAUUCGGCCGAAAGUUCUACAGCCGCAGUUAUCGGCAGGAGCAGCAAUGAAGGGGACUCCCAGAACUCUACACCGAGCCUUAUGGAAGCGAAGAAACCUGAAAAGCAAGACUUCAAGGCUGAACAACAUCCUUUCUUCAUAUACCGAUGCUUUAUUCUCCAAUGCUUGACGGAGCUCUUAUCAUCAUACAAUCGUGCAAAGGUCGAGUUCAUCAAUUUUUCCAGAAAGGCAGACCCCCACGCGAGCACACCCUCGAAGCCGCGGUCUGGGAUUUUGAACUACCUGUUGAACAGCCUUGUCCCAGUCGCUUCUUUGAGUCAUGCAGAGGAUACCGCAAAUCGUAAACAAGCAGCAACAUCGAACUGGGCUAUGUUGGCUAUAGUAGGUCUUUGUGCCAAGACUGAGGAGAAAUACGCAAGCAUGACGGAUGGAGUCAAUGACGCAGAUGAAGAUAUGGAACUCCUCUACGUACGGCGAUUCGUACUAGAACAUGCACUGAAAUCGUUCAGAGAUGCGACGGCUUCGCUAGAACCUCUCGACUCCAAAUAUGCUCGACUGAUGGUGCUCGCCGAGCUAUUCAACCGUAUGAUCAAUGGUAAAUUGAUCACGGAUCCCAACAAUCCGGCACACGUCAACAGCCGUCAAAUGUCUUCUCAAAAGCAGCUGUCCAAAAUCAUGUAUGAGAAGAAUUUUGUCGUCUCACUUACGGGCGCCAUCGCGGAAAUCGACCUCAAUUACCCUAACGCAGAAAGGGCAGUCAGACAUAUUUUGAAAACCCUGAGAACGCUCACAUCUACUGGUGUGGAGGUCAGUACGGCUCCAGCAUCAAUGACAAACGUAGUAGAAUUUGAGGACGAUGACAUUGCGAGCACUUCGUCCUCAUUGUCGGAUGUCGAUGGACGCGAGGCAACUCCGGACCUGUUUAGGAACUCGACUUUGGGUCUGCUAGAUCCGACUCGUCAGGAUGAAUAUGAGUCAGAAUCUGAGGACGGUGAAGAAGAUGAGGACGACGAAAUGGACGAUGGUUACUAUGAGGAUGAGAUGGAAUUUGAAGAUGAUAAUCCACAUGGAAAUGAAGAUGCCAUCAGCGACGACGAAGACGAAAUUGAUGGAGUAGGGCCGAUUGAGGGACUUUCUGGAGACGUUGCUGAAGUCGAACUUACAAUUGACGAUGGCGAUUCGGAUAUGGACGAUGAUGAAGAUGAAGAUGACGACGAUAGUGGCGACGACGAAGAAGAAGAAGAAGAUGAUGAUGAUGAAGACAUGGACGAUAUCAUGAAUCACGUGGAAAUCAUAGCGGAAGAGGAUGAUGGAUCGAGUGGGGAAUCUGGUGAGGAAGACGGAUGGGAGAAUGAAGACAAUGGAGAGGAUUAUCCUGGCCAGGAUGACAUGGAAGAUGACGCACAUGUUGUCCUUCCACCGCUAGACAACCUCAUGAAUCUCAAUGAUACUGCGGAUGGCCUUGUGCAAACAUUCCGCGAAAGAGGGAACCAAGCCACGUACGUUAUAGAGGACGAAAUGGUCGAAGAAGACGAUGAGGUAGACGACGUGGACGAAGAGGACGCAGAAGCAGAAGUGGACUAUGAGGAAGGCGAUGACUUCUUGUAUGGCGAUCACUAUGAUGAUGACGAGGAGGAGGAAGGUGGCGCAUGGCGAUGGGACGAUCCACCACCACCAAUGCGCGCUCAUCACCUCCACGGGCAUCAUCACCACGGACAUACUCACGCACAUCGCUUACACCCAUGGAUGGGGUCUGACAGAGGUCUUCUUGCUUACCGAUCUCACCGUCCCGGUACUAACAGAAAUCCGGAUGAUGGGACCAACCCUCUCUUGCAACGCUCCGGUCGGACACCUGCUGCCCCACAAGUCGGAGCUAUCCGACACAUGGCCAUGCAGGACUUUUUCCACAGCAUAGAUCCUCUCCAAUCCGGUCGAUUCAUGGCAGGGGACGGUCCAGUCUCUUUCAUAAGUAACCUGAUCAACGCAAUCGGCAGUGGUGGCCCAACAGUGACAACUCACAAUGGCAAUAUCCACCUCUCUUUUGGAACCCGCGUGGAUCAACUACCUCCUCUUCCCGGCACCUAUGAAAGCUCUUUGAGACGUGACCUCCGUAGAGCUCACGAUGUCUCUGGCUCGCGCGGUUCACGCGAAAGUCCCAACGAUGCAGUAGCUUUCGUGGCUACUGACACAAAGACACGAUGGGUAGACGAGGCACGCAUCCUCUAUGGUGCAACCGCUGCGGAUGUAAGCCAGCGUUUGAUCAAUUCCAUCCUCAGACUGCUAGUUCCGCCAGCAAUGGAGGCUGCCAAGCAAAAGGCGAAAGAGCUUGCUGAGAGACAGGCACGGAAGGCAAAAGAAGAUGCUGAGGCCAGAGAGAAAGCAGAGAAGGAACGUGCUGAACGGGAGGCUAAAGAGCAAAAGGAACGUGAGGAGAAAGAAGCAGCUGAAGCAGAAGCUCGCGCACGCGAACAAGCCGAAGUUGGGCAAGAUCUCGCGAACGAAAACGAAGUAUCUAACGCUAUGGAAGGUGUCGAGGUGGCUGAGGAGGCUGACGAUGCUGACAUUGCCAACGAAGUACAGGGCGCUGAGUCCGAGUCUCAGGCCCGAGUUACAACGACCAUCCGAGGGCGAGAAAUUGAUAUCACGAAUCUUGGCAUCGACAUGGAAUACUUAGAGGCGUUACCAGACGAGUUACGAGAGGAAGUGCUCAUGCAGCGUGUCGCUGAGCAGCGAUCAGAAGCUGUAGCUGCUGGCGAAGCUCCAACAGACAUAAGUCCAGAGUUUCUCGAGGCGCUGCCCGCCGAUAUCCGCGAAGAAAUCCUCCAGCAAGAAGCUCAAGAUCGACGUCGCCGUGAGCGUGAAGAGGCACGUCGACGUGGGAACGCUGGUGGAGCAGCCCCUCCACCUCGCGCGGAAGAAAUGGACCCAGCCAGUUUUCUGGCUUCCCUUGAUCCUGGCUUACGGCAAGCCGUGCUCAUGGAUCAGGACGAAGAAAUGUUAGGGCACCUACCUGCUCAUAUCGCAGCGGAAGCUAGGGCCCUGGGUGGAGAUCGACAUUUGAACCAGUUCAACGGCGUACACCGUGCGGAGAGACCCCGAAUACUUAAUCUCUCUAUCGGCGAAGAAAGCCAGAAGAAAGCAAAACCUCGACCAGCAGCUCAAAUGUUAGACAAGGCAGGUAUUGCGACCCUGCUCCGUCUCAUGUUUAUUCCACAGGAGAAACGCUAUCUGAACGAGACCUUGAAAAACGUUUGUCAAAACCGCCAGAAUCGAGCCGAAGUAAUUAGUAUUUUACUGUCAAUUCUACAAGAUGGGAGUGCCGAUGUCAACGCAGUGGAACGAAGCUUUGCUCAAUUGACAAUACGCGCGAAACAACCGACACUUCAAAAAACACCUCAGCCUAAGCGGUCUAUAUCUGGAUACACUUCUUCGCAUUCCGAGUUGUCGCCCCUGAUGGUGGUGCAACAAUGUUUGACUACCUUAUCAUUCCUGGCUGAGAAGGAUAGUCACAUCCCUUCGUUCUUCCUAUCGGAGCACGAAACAACAGCUGCUUCGCUGAAAACCAAAACACCCCGGAAAGGGAAGAAUAAAGAAAACAAAGUCAGCCGUUUUCCAUUGAACGCCCUUCUUAGUUUGCUGGAUCGUAAAGUUAUCAUCGAAAGUUCGAUUGUCAUGGAGCAAUUGGCGGCGCUGCUUUCAAAGAUAACUGUACCAUUGCAGGUACUGGUCAAGAAAGAACAAGGGAAAGUCGAGCAAGCGCUGGGUCAAGUGACCAAUGAGGGAGUUCCUGCCACACCUAGCGCCGUAACGGCGUCAGCUAUCGAUGCAACUGGUCUGUCGAUAUCAAACUCCGCCGGUACAUCUACCACAGUCGAUGUAUCUAUGGCUGCAACUGCGGAAGCCUCUACGACUGGUAUGGCUUCUACAACUACCCAGGCAGAAAGUAACAAGCCCGAAGAGUCUUUGCAUGAGACCUUGAAGAAGCCGAAAGCUCUGACGGCACCUGAAGUGCCGGACUACAAUCUUCGUCUCGUAGUUAACAUUUUGGCUGCUCGAGAAUGCAGCAGCAAAACGUUUCGCGACACCUUGUCGGUGAUUAGCUACUUGUCUGCAAUUCCAGGCGCAAAAGAGGUCUUCGGUCAAGAGUUGAUAAGUCAGUCUCAAGACCUUGGCCAGUCGAUUCUCAAUGAUCUUGCAGAGCUUGUUAUACAGAUAUCGACGGCCCGUACCGGGACUGAUGUGCAAGGUUUGGCGCUCGCCAACUUCUCCCCUGCGAGUUCUGACCAGGCAAAACUGCUUCGUGUAUUGACUGCUCUCGACUACUUGUUUGAUCCCAAACGUGCAGAUGCGCAAGAUAAACAUUCAGCCAAAUCAAGUGCAGGUCUCUCAAUUGCACAAAAAGAAGACAUAUUAACCAGACUCUACGAGAAUCCGACCUUCGCUUCACUCUGGGGCAAACUAAGCGAGUGCCUUGCGGCCAUCCGCCAGCGUGAGAACAUGUUCAACGUAGCUACGAUCCUGCUACCUCUUAUAGAGAUACUAAUGAUAGUUUGCAAAAAUACGUCUUUGAAGGAUUCUCAUGCUGCGAAGAGCCACCAGAAAGAGUUCACGCUGUCUAGUCCGCCACCGGAGAGCCGCAUGGAGAAUCUUUUCUUCGCUUUCACGGAGGAUCAUCGCAAGAUCCUCAACGAUUUGGUUCGUCACAAUCCGAAACUCAUGAGCGGCUCCUUCUCCCUACUGGUAAGGAACUCGAAGGUUCUCGAGUUCGACAACAAACGCAACUACUUCAGCCGACGCCUCCACAGCCGUACUGAGACCCGCCAACCCCACCAGCCUCUACAACUGUCUGUUCGACGUGAUCAAGUGUUCCUUGACUCAUUCAGGUCGUUAUACUUCAAGUCGGCUGAUGAGAUGAAGUAUGGAAAAUUGAACAUUAGGUUUCAUGGAGAGGAGGGUGUUGAUGCUGGUGGUGUGACACGCGAAUGGUUUCAAGUCCUCGCGAGACAAAUGUUUGAUGCAAACUACGCACUAUUUGUCCCUGUUGCAUCUGAUCGCACUACCUUCCAUCCAAACCGCUUGAGUAGCGUCAACUCGGAGCACCUCACUUUCUUUAAAUUCAUCGGUCGUAUCAUCGGCAAAGCCCUCUAUGAGGGCCGCGUGCUCGACUGCCACUUCAGUAGAGCUGUGUACAAGCGUAUCCUUGGCAAGCCUGUCAGCAUCAAAGAUAUGGAAAGCCUCGACGUAGAAUACUACAAGUCACUCCUCUGGAUGUUGGAGAACGACAUCACUGACAUCAUAACCGAAACAUUCUCCACCGAGACGGACGACUUUGGCGAUGCUCAAACGAUUGAUUUGAUUGAGAAUGGGCGCAAUAUCUCUGUGACAGAAGAAAACAAGCACGAAUACGUACGCCUCGUGGUGGAGUACAAACUCACCGGGUCUGUUCAGGAGCAAUUGGAAAGCUUUCUUAAAGGAUUCCAUGACAUCAUUCCAGCCGAGCUCAUAUCAAUAUUCAACGAACAGGAACUUGAAUUGCUUAUAUCUGGUUUGCCCGAUAUCGACGUCGAUGACUGGAAAAACAAUACCGAUUACCACAGCUACACGGCGGCAGCUCCUCAAGUACAGUGGUUUUGGCGAGCAGUACGAUCCUUUGACAAAGAGGAGCGUGCGAAGCUAUUGCAGUUUGUCACGGGAACCAGCAAAGUUCCGUUGAACGGGUUCAAGGAGCUCGAAGGAAUGAACGGAUUCAACAAGUUCAACAUCCACCGGGACCCAGGCAACAAAGACAGGCUGCCCAGCUCCCACACUUGUUUCAAUCAACUCGAUCUACCAGAAUAUAUCAGCUACGAGAAACUUCGCGAACAGCUUUACACAGCCAUGACAGCCGGAAGCGAAUACUUUGGCUUCGCAUAGACACACAAGCAGCGCUCACAGGGCACCAUCAACAUGCAGCAUUCCAUGGCGCUUCAGGUUGUGAGAGGUAUAUGAGUGACAACGACGGACAGUGUUACAAUGGUGGGAUUUCUUCUCUGCGUUGGCUUGAAGUAGCGGCACUUAGCAUGUUGUACUUGUAAUGAGGAAGGAAGUUUAAGGACAGACGGAAGGCAAGCUAGCCGGCAGCGUGGGCAGCAACGAAGCGAAGUGCAGGUCGUUUACUAGAUGCUCACACAAGGCGAUUGGUUUGCAUGGUCGUCUGCCCAUACACACACAUAUACAACAAGGCUGUAUAUAAACAUAGUACAAUGCAGUAUGCCAAGCCAAGCAACAGUUCACCGUACUGU